GCUGCUGAAGUCCACAAUGAAGCAAAGAGCGGCAGAAGCCAGCGCCGCAGCGGGAGCGGAGGAGCCCGAGCGUCGCCGAGAGCCACAGCCGGUGGGGACAAGCGGGGGCAGCCGGGGGGUCCCGCAGCUCUGCACCCCCCUGGGGACACCCCCAGGCUAAGGCCGGCGGGGGGCUAGGUGCCCGCCGUGCCCACCGGGAAGGGCCGAGCGAUGGCAGCCCAAGGAGGGGCGGCCAAGCCCGCAGCCCCGGCAGGGAUGGAGAACUUCCGAAAGGUCAGGACGUCGGAGGAGGAGAGCCCCCUGCCCUUCCCUGACCUGCCCCCGGGCGUGGUGGAGAUGAAGGUGAAGGAGGGCAGCAAGAUCAGGAACCUGAUGAGCUUCGCCAUGGCCCAGAUGGAGCUGAAGGGCAGCCGGCAGAUCGUCUUCAGCGGCUGCGGCCGGGCGGUCACCAAGACCAUCACCUGCGUGGAGAUCAUGAAGCGCAAGCUGGGGGGGCUCCACCAGGUCACCAAGGUGCGCUACAAAACCUUGCUGGAGGUCUGGGAGAACCAGGACCCGCCGCCCGGCAGCGCGGCGCAGAACCUGACCGUCCACAAGAACGUCCCCUCCAUCUGCAUCCUGCUCUCCCGCGACCCCCUGGACCCCAACCAGACGGGCUACCAGCCCCCCGAGCCCAGCCAGCCAGGAGAAGACCCCUCGAGCUCCUCCACCAAGGGGCAGAAGCGACCCCUGCCACCUCCUUGCGAGGAGCUGCUGCCCAAAAAGCUGCAGGGAGCCAGCCCCGGCAGCAGCCCGUGGGGCUCGGGGGACAGGGAGAGCCAGCCGGAGGGCCACCACUGACCUGCCACCUCCCGCUUACAGGGGGGCUUGGGGGAUGCACCUGGGGGCUGCUGAUCCGGCACGGUGCUGCCCCCAGGGCGGUGGCAAUGCCACAAACCGCCCUGUCCCCCCUCCCGGCUGCCGUUUCGGUGACUGCCGGCAAGGACGGGGGCUGCCUGUGGGAAAACCUCCCCUCUCCAAACUUUUCCUCUGCCUGGCACCGCGUGCGGGGAUGCGGAGCUGCUCACGCCCCCCUGCUAAAUAACCCCCUGCUGAAAAGGGCUGCGGACCCCCAGGACUCCCACGGAGCCGGAGCAUCCUUUGCUUUUUGCCCAGUCCGGGAAAAGCGGCACUGCUCCACACCGAGACGUCUCGGCCAUCAGGAGAGGCAGCUUUGCCCAGAGCCCCCUGGCGUGACACCUUCAUUACGAAAACCGCUUCAAUUACGCCCGGAGAGGAGCUGUCAGGUUUAUUAAUGCUGGGCUCUGCGCCUCGUGGCUCUUGUGAUUCAUCCCGAAUAACACACAAACAAGCGGGUGGGUCGCGCUCUCCCCGCUUUCUGCCUGCCCUGCCUGCCCCGCUGCUUGUUUCCCCUUUCCCCUCCGACGUGGCAUUGUUCCUAUUUUGUGCUUUUCUCUGAAAUACCUGAAGCUGAUCCAUCCCCUCCCAGAACCGCUGCAGCCCAAGAGCCAAGGAAAUGAUGCCUGGAGCACUGUUUUUUUGUUGUUGUUGUUGUUUUGUUUUUGUUUUAUAUUAAUAGCAGCCCCCAAAGAGAAGAUAAUGAAAUAAUCCUUCUCGUAUCAGAUAUUCAGGUCUUCACUCUCCUGGAGUUGUUUGCAGGAUCCGGAGCCAUGGCGAAAGCCUGAUGUCGAGGGACUGGGGCGAUGGGAAGCAUCGGGCAGCUCGUCUCCUGCUACGUGCUGGACGGACACCGGGAUGAGGGGGAGCUUGUGCCUUUAUAGGUUUGGCUGCAGAGCCCUCGCCGAGGGAUGGCUCACGGAGAAAGCCCUUCAGAGCGAACCCCCUGCUUUUUCUAGGGGUAAAAGGAAACUAAUCGAGAAUAAAAGCUCUUUAGAAA